UGGGAUACUGCUGGACAAGAGCGUUUUAGAACGAUCACUAGCAGCUAUUAUCGUGGGGCACACGGUAUUAUAGUAGUUUAUGAUGUGACGGACCAAGAGAGCUUCAAUAAUGUGAAGCAGUGGCUGAAUGAAAUCGAUCGCUAUGCCAGUGAAAAUGUCAACAAACUUCUUGUGGGGAACAAGUGUGAUCUCACAGCAAAUAAAGUUGUGUCAUAUGAGACAGCCAAGGCAUUUGCUGAUGAAAUUGGCAUUCCAUUCAUGGAAACCAGCGCAAAAGAUGCUACUAAUGUUGAGCAGGCUUUCAUGGCCAUGGCUGCUGAGAUAAAAAAUAGGAUGGCAAGCCAACCAGCCAUGAACAAUGCCAAGCCUCCAACAGUCAAUAUCUGCGGACAGCCUGUCGGGCAGAGUAGUGGUUGCUGCUCUUCGUGAUUAGAAAGUACGCAUAGUCAUGACGAUCUUCCAAUACAUGGCAUGUGCAAGUACUCUCCGCUCCAGUUUCAUUAAAAUUUGUUUUAGUGGUUCUUGAAAGAUCUCUACAACCCACGAUUCAUUCUCGUACAUUUGUUGAUGGAAAGGGCUGUUCAAAUCAAGAAUGUGAACUUUGAUUGUUUGUUCUGUUCCCCAACUCUUUUAAGUUCACAACAUACUCGUGAAUCACGUCCACAAUUUCUUCAAUCAAUUUAUACGUCUAUAACAUAGAAACACUGUGUCUAGGAUCGAGUAAU